AUGAUGCUCCAAAGCGGUCCCUUCGCCAGCGGUCUCGCGCUGCCGCAUUGGGGGGUCCACGCAAGGUUAUUGAUGCGACGCGAUGGCGAUGAAGAGGGCGGCAAGGAGGACCAGGCGAACCGGCGAGGGGACGGCUUCGACGCGGUGGAUCCGGCCGAGAAGGAUUUCGACGACGCAAUGCGGUUCGGGACGCGGACGCGAUACAACCCCUCGCUCACGCUCGAGUCACUCGCCGAGUUUAUGCCCGCGACCCCGUCCACGCCGGCCGGGUGCGCCGCCGCGGCGCUGCAGAACCUCAGCCUCUUGGGCCCGGCCGACCCCAUCGGCGCACCCCUAGACCUGCAGGCACGCAGCUAUGCACAGGACCUCGAGGCGAGCGGCGUGCGGUUCUUUGCUGAUGCCAACGCUAGAGAGGAGGCGGAGGCGUUUUUGCAGCAGAAGCGGCGGGACGAGGCCGCCGCCGCCGCCGCCAAGGAGGGAGGAGACGUAGCCGCCAGCGGCAUCAGCAGCAGCGAGGAACGCAUCAUCCAGCCCGCCGACGAGACGGUCAGGCAGGUCAUUGUGGACAGGGCCAUCGUGGGCCAACACGAAGCACCUCAGUAUGCGACGGAUCCUAUCGGCCUGGCCCGCUCGUGGCACCUGCGGGCCGAGACGUACUCCCAGAACGACGUGGACCAGUUUGAGAAGAAGCUCCAGUCGCUGCUGAGCAAGGCGGGCAAGGCGGGCGCGCCCCAGGGGGCGGGACGGAAUGCCCGGGCUGCGUAA